AUGUCUCUCCAAACAAAACUAGCUCGCCAACAGCGAUUCAAGGGGACGAUCGUCAUCCACCAACUCGAGAGGCCCAAGGAGAAUGCUCUUGGUCUCUACUCGGGCAAUGGCUGGUCGCCCUUGAAGGCCUCCUUCUCUAAAUCCCCGGGUUUCCCGACAUCUAUCCUCCGGCCCUCAUUACUCUCACCCACAAGGUUUCACAACCCGCCCAUCAACAAGCUCACGAAGCCCAAGCCUCGGGACCCGGACCAUGACUCGAUCGAGGUCUGGGAUGAUUUCCAGAAAGCCCAGGAGUUCGGCAAGGGUCUCCAGAUCCAGUGUCUGGCUGGCGGCAUGGGGGUCGCGGUGACAGGACGCUAUCGCAACCAUCCGAAAGCAGGACAGGUCCGAUACGAUGCGUUUCUCGCACAUCUGGUCGAGGGCCGCAUGCAGGAUACGCUCAAGAGACUGCUUGGCGACGUCAACGAGGCUCAAAAACAGGGUCUCAAAAAUGUGCAGUUGCUGAUUCUCUACCGUGACGAGAGCACGUUGAGCCAGGAUCCGAAGAUGAUUUGGAGUAGCCGAAUGAUGGCCAGCGAGCUCAGGCUGCGGGAGAGGCUCCUUGCUCUGGUGGAAGAGGAGCUCGGGGAGGCUCCUGACCUACACCCCUACCACGUGCUCAACGAAAAGGCACUGUGCAUCACUGAGUCUGAAAGAAUAGUCAAGAUUCAGAACUUAUAA